UAUAUUGCCGAGGUAGAAACGCUACAGACUUACCAAAUGCAGACAGCCAGUGAAAGGAAUGAAGUCAAGGACAUGUCAAAUAGACUUGAAGCACGUGAACUUUCUACUGCUCUAAGUAAGAACUCAUCUGAUGCAAUGUAUCCAAUUGUUAGCAAGGAAUCUUUGCUGCAAGAAAUGUUUUUCAGUGCAAAGACAACAUCAGGGCGCCUACAUUUGGCUAAGGAGUUAUUGAAGCUUCCUACAGAUGUUCUUAAAUCAUUUGCUGGGUCUAAAGAAGGACUAAGUACGCUAUACUCCUGGAUACUUGAUUCACUUGGGAAAAAUGCUACUCAACUACUGCGGCACUGUGUGCGUUUGCUUGUGCUUGUUUCCACUGAUCUGGUAGCUGUACGUUUAUCAGGUUUGUGCAGUUCUAUGCCUCCAUGUCCCUUUAAAUGA